CUACCGCCAUGCUGUCUCACAAAAGUUUGUGAAGGUGGCUGCCACUUCAGGGGACCAUUUGGUAUAAGGAUCGUCUGAGAAGACCAAAGAAAAUAUCCUGUCAUUGUUUUAUAUUGUUUUUAUAUCAAUUGGCACACGCGAUGGAUACGUUGGGGAUAUGAAAAGGAACGUUUAUAGCCAUAUGGGAAAACGUUCGUUUCAAAAUAAAAAAAUCAAGCCACCUCUCGCCCUUUCCUUAUCUCCUCUAGUUAAAUGGCACGAUGCCGUUGGCGGUGGCGGCGGGUGCUCCUGUGCCUGUGCUGUGCUCCCUGUGUCCUGGUGGGGUCUCUCUGUGUGUACAUCACCCUGGCUGUGUGUUAUGGUACUACCACCACCACAGGCCCAGGCAGCGCUGCCCCUAUCCCACAAACUCUACCAGAGUUCUUCAUUGCAUCAGGGCUUACCAGAAAUGGCUCCCUGGCCCCCCACCCCACCAGCUCCUUCUGGGACCCCAAGCCCCACGGAGGGGCCCUCUGGAACCUGCUCCAGCUACACAUUGACCGCCAUUACAACCCCAUCCUGAUGCCCAAAUCCAGCAAAGAGCACAAUGACAUUGAUACCAGUAAUAAUAAUAAUAAUAAUAAUAAUAAUAAUACAAACUAUUUGCGGUUUUCCCUCCCCACCUUGAGUGCAGGGUUCUCUGAGAUCGGGAACUUGACAUCACAAAUGGAGGAUUUCCAGGAGCUGCCCCUGCAGAUGCAGAUGUUUGUGCGCUCUAUGCACUUCAGGGACUACCCUGUCCUCAUUGAGCCUGCUAAUCUGUGUGGGCGUGGGCUAAGGAAGGGGCAGGGCCUUCUCCUACUGCUGGCCAUCAAGACCCAGGGCCUGAACUUUGAGAACCGCCAGGCCAUCCGGCAGACAUGGGGCUGGGCGGGGUGGGUGGCAGGGGCGACGGGGAAAGGCGGGGUGGUGCGGAGGGUCUUCCUCCUGGGGAAGAACCACGCAGAGCCCCGGGUGAACGUCAGUGAGCUGCUGCAGCUGGAGAGCCGCCACUACGGUGACAUCCUCCAGUGGGACUUCCACGACUCCUUCUUUAACCUCACCCUGAAGGACGUGCUGCUGUGGGACUGGCUGUCUGCCCACUGCCCCCUGGCACGCUUCAUCUUUAAAGGGGAUGACGACGUCCUGGUGCAGACCCCCGCUCUCUUAGACUACCUCCGGGAGCAGACGAUCCAGUCAGGGGGGCCCGGGUCAGAGGGUAUGAAGGGAUUCAUGGUAGGGGAUGUGAUAGGAGCGGCCAUCCCCAACAGAGUCAACUUUACCAAGUACUUUAUUCCUGCAAGUUUCUAUAAGGGGCUGUACCCUCCGUACGGGGGUGGGGGAGGUGUGGUGUACUCAGGGGAGCUGGCCCUGCGGCUCAACCGUAUCUCCCGGAGAAUUCACCUGUACCCCAUUGAUGACGUCUACGUGGGCAUGUGCCUCCACAGGCUCGGGGUCCAACCCAUCCACCACCCCGCCUUCCUCACCUUCGACUUCCCCGAGAAAGAGGGGGAAGAGCGUUGUGCGUACCACACUAUCUUACUGGUACACAAACGCAGCCCUGCUCAGGUGAUGAAGCUGUGGUCAGAGAUCAUGAGGAACCAGACAGAGUGCAGCAACACCAUCCUGAGAAUGGAGGAGAAAAACACUUCUGAUAGAUCCGUUGUGUGAAAGACAACGAACUUCUGACGGAUCCAUGGGGUAGUUCUAGAAAUUCAGCUCUAUAGUGAGGCAACCACUGACUGGCUGGUAUAAAACUGACCUAAAGGAUGGAUGGUGAUGGAGAAGGAAUGUUACCACUUGAAAAUAGGGAAGAGGCAGGGCCUUCUGAAAGACCCUUGGGGUAUGAAAAUGUAUGCACUCACUAACUGUAAGUCGCUCUGGAUAAGAGCGUCUGCUAAAUGACUAAAAUGUAAAUGUAAAAUGGGUAUGCCGGAAACUUCCACUCCAUACUGAGGAAACCACUGACUGGUUGUUAUAAAACUGAAGGUGAUUGAUUGGCUGUCGAGAAGGUAUGCUGCCACUUGAAUGGGGCCUUCUGGGAGAACAACAGGGUACGGCUGUAAACUUCCGCUCAUAGUGAGGCAUUCAGACUGGCUUUCCUAUUAUAUAGAAAACAGACAUAUGAUGGUGAUUGACUAUCGAGAAGGUAUGCCGCCACUUGACAAUGGUGAACAGUACCAAUUAUUACUGUAAACCUACUGGUCCCCUGUAGCUCAGUUGGUAGAGCAUGGCGCUUGCAACGCCACGGUUGUGGGUUCAUUUCCCACGGGG